UUCCCGGGGACAGGCAGCGCCGCCGCCAUGUGGAUCCAGGUGCGCACCAUGGACGGCGCCGAGACCCGCCGCGUGGACUCGCUCUCCAAGCUCACCAAGGUCGAGGAGCUGCGCCUGCGGAUACACGAGGUGUUCGCCGUGGAGCCCCAGCGGCAGCGCCUCUUCUACCGCGGCAAUUAUCCAGAGAAUGGAGUGGUGCAGAUGAGCUCCAGUAACGUUCGGGCCCGGGCCAGGACUGUUUUGAAGUGGCACCAGCUGGAAGUGGGACAGGUGGUGAUGGUCAACUACAACCCUGAUGAACCAAAAGAGAGGGGCUUUUGGUAUGAUGCUGAGAUCCUGCAGAAAAGGGAAACGAAAAUGACCAGGGAGAUCAAUGCAAAGAUACUGCUUGGGGAAGCUGGGGACUCCUUGAACGACUGCACAAUCACGUUAGUGGAUGAAAUCUAUAAAAUUGAGGAACCAGGCACUGCUUCCCCCAUCCCAUCUGGAACACCAAAACGACAGAGUGGACCUGUGUGCAAAGCCUGCAAGGACAACCCAAACAAGACCUGCAGAGUCUGUGCUUGUCACAUCUGUGGGGGGAAACAAGAUCCAGACAAACAGCUCAUGUGUGACGAGUGUGACAUGGCCUUCCACAUCUACUGCCUCGACCCUCCCCUCAGCAGCAUUCCAGAUGAUGAGGACUGGUAUUGCCCCGAGUGUCGAAACGAUGCCAGCGAGGUGGUUUUAGCAGGAGAGAGGUUAAAAGAAAGCAAAAAGAAACAGAAGAUGGCAUCUGCCAACUCAUCCUCACGGAGAGACUGGGGCAAGGGCAUGGCGUGUGUGGGUCGCACCAAGGAAUGCACCAUCGUCCCCUCCAACCACUACGGACCAAUUCCUGGCAUCCCCGUUGGCACCAUGUGGAAGUUCAGAGUUCAGGUGAGCGAAUCCGGAGUCCACAGGCCCCAUGUUGCCGGGAUACAUGGCAGAAGCAACGAUGGGGCCUAUUCCUUGGUCCUGUCAGGAGGCUAUGAAGAUGACAUAGACCACGGGAAUUCCUUCACCUACACGGGGAGCGGAGGGCGGGACCUCUCCGGGAACAAACGCACGGCCGAGCAGUCCUGUGACCAGAAACUCACCAACAUGAACAGAGCUCUGGCCCUGAACUGCAGUGCCCCCAUCAACGACAAACACGGGGCAGAAGCCAAGGACUGGAGGGCUGGGAAGCCUGUCCGGGUGGUCAGGAACGUCAAGGGAGGCAAACACAGCAAAUACGCCCCCCUGGAAGGCAACAGAUACGACGGGAUAUACAAGGUGGUGAAAUACUGGCCCGAGACGGGGAAAUCGGGGUUUUUGGUGUGGCGUUACCUGCUCAGGAGGGACGACGAGGAACCUGCUCCUUGGACCAGGGAGGGGAAGGACAGGAUGAAAAAGCUGGGCCUAACAAUGCAGUAUCCUGAAGGAUAUUUGGAAGCUGUUGCAAAUAAAGACAAGGAAAAAGAAAAUAGCGAAGAUGAUGAGUUCGAUACCCCGGGGAGAGGAAAGAGGAAAAGGAAAUCAGCAGGUGGGGAGGAAAAACUCAUCCCCUCCCCAGCAGGGACUCCGAAGAAAACUAAAGUUGAACCAUACAAGCUGACAGCCCAGCAGAAAUCCCUUAUAAAAAGUGAUGAAGCCAAUGAAAAACUGUGGAAUGAAGUACUAGAGGCUCUCAAAGAUGGACCGAAAUUCCUGAAUAAGGUGGAGGAGGCCUUCCUGUGCAUCUGCUGUCAGGAGGUCGUGUUCCGGCCCGUCACAACCGUCUGCCAGCACAACGUGUGCAAGGACUGUCUGGACAGAUCCUUCCGUGCUGACGUUUACAGCUGCCCUGCCUGUCGCUACGACCUGGGCAAGAGCUACAGGAUGGAGGUGAACGAGCCCCUGCAGGACAUCCUCACCCAGCUCUUCCCCGGCUACGGCAACGGCCGGUGAUUCUGUCAAAAGCA